AUGUUUGUUCCAUUCCCGUGUAGAACCUUGAAAACGACGUCGCAGAAGUCGCAUCGUCUCACGAUCUCGCUGACUUUUUGGGGUUCCAAGGUCCGCCCCCGCCAUCCCGUGGCACUCAGCAGGCAAAGCAACGAGCCAAGGCUUUCUUCGAAGCUUAUUCUCCAGCUCCGUGCCAAAGUUCUUCCUCCGAUUUUAGCUCUUAAUCGAGAAACAAAAGCAUUAUGGCGGCGGCAUCUUCGUCUUCAACGUCUCCCAAAACGACGACGGAGAGGAGAGGAAUUCCGGGAGCUCAAUUCGUUGAAGAUGUCGAGACUUAUCUCUCUCAAACAGGCCUUGACGUCAACUCUGCCCUGGCUUUUCUCCAAGAAAGGCUUCAGCAGUAUAAGUUGGUUGAGAUGAAACUUCUUGCUCAACAACGAGAUCUUCAGGCAAAAAUCCCUGAUAUUGAGAAAUGCUUGGAUGUGGUUGCCACUUUACAAGCUAAGAAGGGUACUGGUGAGGCUCUUAUUGCGGAUUUUGAAGUCUCUGAAGGCAUAUAUUCACGGGCUCGUAUUGAAGACAGUGAUUCAGUUUGUUUAUGGCUUGGAGCAAAUGUCAUGUUGGAAUAUUCAUGCGAAGAGGCGACUUCUCUACUGAAAAAGAAUUUGGAAAAUGCUAAAGCAAGUUUAGAAGUUCUUAUAGCUGAUUUGCAGUUCUUGAGGGAUCAAGUGACAAUAACUCAGGUAACUAUCGCUCGUGUGUAUAAUUGGGAUGUUCAUCAACGAAGAAUUCGUCAAGCUGCUGCUACUCCAACAGCUUAAGAUUCAUGAUCUGAGAAUACCACUGCUUGAUACAGAGGAGGAGAGUAUGCUCCUAUCCUCCCUUUUCAUUAGUUUUGUUGAAUGGGUUCUCUGUUCAUUUCUAGUGAUUUAAAAUUUCACUUCAUGGUCUCACCAUAUCCGCACUUUCCAGUCCUACAUUCUGGUUCAAUGAAGUGAAUCUUGUGUGCUUAUGUUGCUAGGAGCAGUGAUGAUUUAUACUACUACUAAAACUUUUGGCUAUAAAAUGUAACAGCUGUCUUCACUGUUAUUGUUAGUUUGCCAGGGGUGUUUUAUUUCCUGUAUCUCUAACAUUCAUCAUAACUUUGUUCAGUUUAGUCGAUGCACUAGUAUUUGAAAUUUGUUUUUGUUUUCUGAAUCCACAUAUUGCAACAUGCUUUUGGUUCAAAUUUGAAACUUGUUAAGAGAAUGAUGAGGUCACAAUCUGGUUUAAUGUGAAAGAAAUUGUCGGCAAAACUGGACCAGGU